AUGUGGGGGGGGAAUGAAGAAAGAGAGCGAAAGAGAGAAGAUCGUGAAGGGGAAGAAGAGUCUAUUCGACGACAGGAAAGGAUUAGGAGAGCAGAUGCACCCAAACCUCAGUUUAAUCACUAUACUCGGCUUUUGCAAACGUGGUCAGCUAUAUUAGCCGCAGUAGAGGGGGAGGGACUCCUUAAACUACCCAGCAGAGUUGACAGACCUAUGGGAAAAAAUCAAGAAGAGUAUUGCAGAUAUCAUCGAACCUGGGGACAUUCUACUGAUCAUUGCAGAGAAUUAAAGAAUCAGAUUGAAAUGCUCAUUCGAGAGGGGCAUCUACAAAGAUAUGUGAGAAAUGAGGGAGAAGAAAGUAGGGAAUCCUGGCAAAGGGUAGACAGGCGUGAUGGGCAUGAAAGACAAGACCCAAGGCAACAAAAGAGGGAAAGAGACCGUAGGCAAGAUCCUCAUUUAGAUAAUGAGCCAACUCAACAGGCCAUUCACGUUAUUUUAGGAAGGGAAACCCUAGGCGGGGACACGUCGGCCUCCCGAAAGGCAUACGCCUGUCAAGCUUACCAGAUGCAUUUAUCUCAUGAUCGAUUAAGAAAAGUGUCCUCGCCCCUAUACAGCUUCACUGGGGAAGUAGUCCCAGUUGCAGGAUCUAUUCAAUUACCCAUCACGUUGGGUGUAGACCCCCAACUCGUGACUCGACAAGUGAAUUUUAUAGUGGUUAAAACCUCUUUGGCGGCAUAUAACAUGAUUUUGGGCCGCCCAUUACUCAAUGAUCUGAGGGCCGUGGUGUGCUCAUGCUACUUAUUGAUGAAAUUCCCCACACCUGCUGGGGUUGGACAGGUUCAAAGAGAUCAAAAGAAGGCACAAACCUGUUAUGUGUCAUCUACAAAAGGAAAAAGAGAUGAAGAAACCUUAUCUAUAGCAGAGAAGGCCAUACAGAAAUCCUUGGAAGAAGGAGCCGCACGUAAACCCCAACCUGUUGAAGAAUUAGAGGCAGUGCAUCUGAGUGAAGCAGAUUCUGAGAAAGUAGCAUAUGUGGGUUCACAACUUUCGGAACAUAUAAAAGAAGAGAAUGCAAGAUGCCUGCGAAAAAAUUCAGACGUAUUUGCUUGGAAACCAAAAGAUAUGCCAGGAAUCAGUCCAGAAGUGAUAUGUCACCAUUUGAAUGUAGAUCCCUAG